AUGCGCACGCGUCGCCGCUCGUCGUCGACACUGCCUCCCAUCGCGGAAUUCGACCCAGAGGAGAUGGCGCGCGCGAUGGCGGAGUCGCGACGCUACGCACAUGCGGGCGGUUAUGUGUCUGCUCUCGGACUGGAGACGCCCGGUGCAGGGCCCAGUGGGCAUUCGUCCGGAAGUGGCCGAAGCGCAGGGAUUGCCAGAGAAGAAACCCAUGGAGGACCAGGAGGCGGAGGAGUGAAAGCCCCAGCCCUGAGCAUGGUGACGCGGCUCGACUUCCCAGCCUCUUCCGUCAUCGACAUGGAGCUAUCACGCGCCCUCUGGGACGGGACGGACGUUACCGGUUUCCCCGAGUCCAUCGUCCUCAUCAGCGUCGUCCUCUCGUUCGACAUCGCCCACGAAAUCGUUAUUCUCCUCCGCGUCGUCCACACUUUACUCGGCAUCUUCCUUAUCGGAGUCCAGUCAUUCACCGACUCGCUCGACCUCACCCACAAAAAGCAGCACCCGCCCUCUGCCUGUACCGACACCACGCUCUGUGCCAAGCUCGGUGCUCUCGCCGUCGUCGCCGACGAAAGGGCGUCCGCUGCCUAUCCACCGCGCACACCGAGCUCCGCACGCAGUGCUCGUGCUGUGCCACUCCCGUUCUCCCCAAGCUCUGCACGCACGGCCCGUGCCAUUCCGCUACCGUCCUCCCCAAGCUCCGCACGCACUGCCCGUGAUGUGCCGCUCCCAACGUCCCCGAGUUCCGCACGCACAGCCCGUGCCAUGCCGCUCCCGCCCUCGCCGUCUCCAUCACGCUACUCUUAUCGGGAAUCUGCUGAGCUGGACCACGAGGACGAGAUCGAUGUCGCAGAGGACAGCGGAUACGGAUCGCGCAGCACAACGCCUACUCCGCUUCCGCUAUCUGGGCUCCGAUCUCCGGCCUUGGAGCAUCCCGGCGGGAGCCAGAGACUAUCGCCGCUGUCGGUUACGCGGGGGCUACGCACGCCGUCGGUCGUCUCUGCGCCCAGUGCGUCUUCUGGGUCGAGGACCCCUUCCAGCGGCGGACUGAGCAUGAAGCCGAGCUUUUCGAGUUUGCUGACGAAGGUAGCCGAGUCUGCGAGGCAUGAGCGACUUGAUGGGGCACUGGAGAGGCUUGUCGAGGUCACGACAGGGUCGGCGUAUGCUGCGUCUAUUCGCAGCGCUGCGACUAGUUUGAAGAGCGGGAAGAGCAGGCAUAGUACACGAGAGGAUAGCGCAAACACCGCCGAGGCUUUGGCUAAGCUGCACUUCAUUGCUACGUCUCCCUUUGCGUGCCAGAACCCAGGCUGCGGAGCGGUCAUUCCUGCAGUCUCGCUCGAGGGGAUGUCAUUCCCACCAGCGAGCGACGUCCCACCAGCGCUGAUCGUCUCACUGCUGCACGCGCACUGCACAUCCUGCACACAGACGCACUGCCGCGGCUGCGGGGUUCCCACUGCAUGCCCCGCCGCCUGCUCGCCCUGCGCCGUGAUUUCGCGACACUGCGCCGCCGCACGUGCCCUGGGCGGGCUCACCGCGCUCAUCGCAUUCGACCGCGCGCACAUCCUCACCCGCGAACCGGGCCGCAUCGCCGACAAGCCGCUACUCGCCCCGCUCUCUGCGCUCGCGUACUUUCUCGAUCCCUGCACCGACAGCGAUGGGCAGCAGCCGCCGCUGGACACAGACCCGGCCUUGCCUGUGCUCCUGCGCCACUCGCGGGUGCCGGGAUACGCCGCGGGUCUGCUGCGCACGACGGAUUUCGGGGCGUGGAUGACCCGUGCGCCGGCCUACACCGCCGUGUUGCGUCUAUUACGCAUCGCUCCGACCCACCGUCCGAUGUCCCGCCGGGCCGUCAGCGGUGCGGGGACCGGCGCGUGGUACCGGAGCCGGAACCCCGCUGUGAUCCAGAUGGCGGACAGCGGCGAGGAGGACGUGGGUGAGAGUCAGAGUCUGCAGGAUCUAGUACGCCAGCUGGAGCCUGUGCGGAUGGGGUUGCUCAAGUUGACAGAGAUGUCCAAGUUCCGGCCCACACUCGAAAAGGCACAUGCGUUGUGCGAUGCUGUGCUGUAUCUGCAACUACAGGAUGUGCUAGCGGAGGAGGAAAUUUGAAUGAGAGUGGAAUUAUUCCUGUAUCAUAGAUUGGUUGACUGUAUUGUACUAUUUGCACAUUCUACCACCAACGGUGCUGUUUUUCGC